AGCUGUCACUAUCUCAGCUGUGUGAAUGUUGAUUGGGAAAUAAUAGAAAUUUUGCCAUACGCCUGUAAAAGACAUUAAGAGGGUUUUGUAGCUCUCCUUGUGCUUUGAAUUUUUUCUUUCUAGUGAUUGCUGGCGAGCUCUUCUGCGGAGUAAAUGGCCAGCGAAUCCAGGGCCGAUCGUCGGCCUGUCGAUUGGGCAAGAUUUGGAUUGUCGUCGGAGCAAAACAGUGCAUCAAGUGAAGUCCACUUCGCCAACAAACCUUCUGUUCUAGACGAAACUAGCUAUGGAGGACAGGCAGUCAGAGAUAAUGAACUUUAUACUGAAGAACAGGGUGAGAAACCGUGGUGGAAGUCAAAUUUUUUCAUCUCACAGCCAGUGUUGUUUGGAACGUGGGAUGGCGUCUUCACUUCAGUUAUGGUCAACAUUUUUGGUGUCAUCAUCUUCUUGCGUUCUGGAUGGGUUGUAGCACAAGCAGGAAUUGGUCUCUCAAUCCUAUUAGUAUUUUGUACAGUUGGAAUAAUUCUUGUGUCAGUGUUGUCUGCUAUCGGCAUUUGUGAAAGAUGCAAAGUAGAAAGUGGUGGUGUAUACUUUCUACUCAGCUAUGUUCUGGGUUCUCGAAUAGCAGCUGCUGUAGGUCUUCUCUACUGCUUUGGGCAGGCUGUAGGUGGGGCGCUCUGCCUUAUGGGAUUUGCCGAGUCGAUAGCUGGUUUGAUCGAAGUCGACGCGCAAUAUAUACCAUGGGUGCAGAGAGGAUUAGCAACCGUCGUCGUUUUUAUCCUUGCAUCGUUCAAUAUCGCAGGCGUCAAGUGGGUUAUCAAACUCCAGUUCCUUCUCUUGUUUGCUAUGCUGUUGGCCGCCGUGGACUUCAUAAUAGGAAGUUUCAUCAACAAGCCUGACUUAGAAAGCGGUUUUGUUGGGUGGAGCACCGAAUUAAUGGCCAAUAACACCGGGCCGGCCUUUACUGAAGGAGAAAACUGGUUCACUGUACUGGGUGUAUACUUCCCAACGGUCACUGGUGUCAUGGCAGGCAUAAAUAUGUCUGGCGAUCUUAAAAACCCGUCACGUGAUAUCCCAAAUGGAACUCUAGCUGCUAUUGGCUUGAGCUGCUUUCUUUAUACGUCGUUCAUUUUGAUAUUGGGUUCGACGUGUGUCCGUGAGCUCCUGUAUACCAACUACUUAAUCGCGGCCAAAGUUUCAGCACUCGAGGUCCUCUUUUUUGCUGGGCUAUAUAUUUCUUCAUUGUCGAGCAGUUUGGGAACCUUUUACGGCACUCCUCGCGUUUUACAAUCGAUCGCCAGCCAAAAAGUCAUUCCAUUUAUACGUGUCUUAGCUAAUGGGAGAGGGCCUAAUCGGGUUCCAGUAUACGCUCUUUUAGUAGCAGCUUCAGUAACACUGAUAUUUAUUUGGGUUGGCCAACUGAAUACCCUGGCGCCCAUCGUCACCAUGCCUUUCUUACUAACCUAUGCCACGAUCGACUAUGCCUACUUUGCUUUGGCCCAGUCUUUCAACAUCCAGCAGGCCCGCGAAGAGCGUUUUAGGCAACAAGCAUCGUCGAAAAAAUUAACGAAUGGAGCUUCAACUUCGUACGGAUCAACUCAAAGUCCCAAUCGGUUUGAUUCUAGUGAUUUAGAUGAACUGUUUCCCGAGCGUGUUCAUCACCGAUCUCCAUCACGAGAGCCGAGUCUAUCGCCCACUAGUCCAGUGCCUGGGGAAGAUCUUCCUACAGCUCCGGCCAGUCAAGUUGGCUCAGCUGUGACUUCUCCGGGAGGCGCAAGUAACAAGUCCGUAAGCGAUCAACAACAAAAGAAAAUCAACAUUGGUCGUAAAUCGGCCAGUUGGUAUUCAUUAUUCCUCAAUCGAUGGGUCUCCUUCUUUGGGUUUAUAGUCAAGAUUGCUAUGAUGUUUUUCGUUCACUGGGUUUACGCCUUGGUCAAUUUGGCUGUCGUUUUCCUUGUUUGGUUCUACAUUGGUCGAGCCAAUCCAGGAGUUGCCCCAGGUGUCACAGCUGAUUUCCGUUUCUUUACUUGGAUGCAACAAGGCAUUGCCACUCUUUGCGGGCGAAAACCAAAGGGGUACGAAGAAAUUGUGGUUACCUCCAUGGAUCCCCAUAUGGACACUGAAGCCUCUCAAUUGACUGAGGAGAACGAGGAUUUCGCUUCUCGGAGUCGCUACCACCAGACUUCUACUGUCCAUGGACGAGACCUGGACAAUCGACCUGAAGAUGAGUUAGCCCUAGUUCCUUAGGAAAGCUGAAACAUGUUUUUUUGCAUAACUCUUCCGACAACCGACAUUCUGAAUUCAGAGGAUUUACUGAAAGUGCCGUUAGCAAAAUUCACCUAGACUAGGCAUCAACCACCAACGUCACAAAAAAAAAGCAAAGCCUUUAUUUACGAUUUAGAUUUUUUUUCGAUAAAAAGUACCAUUUAUUAUUAUUAUUUUUAUUCUGACGUUUACGUUCCUAAUCGCGAAUGGGCAACAAUAACGUUUGCAGCUAACUAUAUUUAACAAAAGAUAUUUUUUUACUUUCCCUUCAAUCAGGCAAGAAAAAAAGGAAAAUCAAAUGAUAAUGACAACGCUGGUCAUUGUGAAAGCACACUGCACCUUGUUACCGUAGAAGCAGCCAUCGCUUGCGCCAUUAUAUUACUGAUGCACAUCGUUAGAGGAUUGUACAGUAAUUUAAAAACUUAAGUAAGCGAGCCAGCAAACUCGAAUGUCAAAAAAUCCUGCAGCUAGAAUAAUUUCUUAGAAACUUACCCCCAAACACUUUCGAAGCAGACUACAAUUGCCUUGAAAGCCACUACUGCUAAUGACACGAAGGCAGCUUGAAAAACGAAACCAAAUAGCAUGAUGUGGAAAGGAAGUAUUAUUAAUAUUUGGUUAAUUUUGACCUCAUUUUUCUUUUGCCCUUCACGUUCAUCAUUUUGAUUGUGUUUGUAUACAACUUAACUGCGAGCACGCUACAUUGCCUGUACAUAAUACCAAAGCAUUUGUAAAACAAUGGCUGUCGUUGCCCUGCACUAGAUAGUAUCGAACUAUUCGUUUCGAUUCAUUGCCCCACGUGAUUAAUUUUCCUUCUUUGUUUCUUGUUUGUAAAAGCCGUGGUAAAUUUAGUUUUUUUUUAACCAUCACAGGUAUAUGAUAAUAAUAAAAUAAACAUUCACUGUA